CGCCGCUGCUCGUCGUCUCUCAAUUUCCUCGUGUCGGCGCACUAAUUUGUCGCCAUUGCUACCGUCUGUUUCUGCGCGAACCGCGCCGCUGUCCUUGUUUCGGUCGCCCUCGCUAGCCUCGCCCGGCGUUUCUCAUGGCUCCUUGCAUGACAUCACUGGCGUAGAUUGUCGCUCCCCAGAGCCACACUUGAUAUCCUCGCGGAAAGGGGAUGCAGUUGCGCCUCCUCUAACACCGCAUCAACAUGUUGGGCAGUAGCCGCCGCCGACGGGCCUCGAGCGCCUCCAACGCCUCGAGCAGGACCCCGAGCGCGUCCGCCUCCCUUGCUGCCACCAAGGCCUUCCUCCGCGACCGCGAGUCCAACGGCGCUCUAUCCUCGGCCGCUGCUGCCGCUGCGCUGCGCACCCAUACGCCGACGCCGACCCCCGUGGGCGACACGGUGACGAAGCGGAUGGUGCGGAAAGCCUCGGUCUCCUCGCACGGCAGCGGCAGCCAGCAGCACCCAGGCUUGCGCCGCCACUCCAGCUCAGGAUCCAUGACGGAGCGCUCCUUCCGCGACCAUUCCCCCACCAGGACCAGCCCCGUCGACCCCAAUGCGCCGCCAGUCCCGGCGGUCCCCAAGAACGUGCCCCAGACCAGCGUGGUCCAUCGACGAAACUCGAGUCUCGAACCGCCCGCGCGCGGAGGGUCGCCUGCUGGGAGAGGAGGAGGGCGUGGCGUGAGUUUGGAUCGGGGAACAUCCAGCGCCAGCAAUCGCGGAAGGGGGCAGUCGCGAGCUUCGGCUCUCACCAAAGUGGUAGAGGACGAGCAAGACGGCGCGCAAAGAUCAUCUAUCAACUUCUCGCGGCCCAUCUCUCCUCCAGCGACAUCCUACCCGACCCCACGACCGGUUGCCUCGGCGCGCGGUGCCCAGGGCGGCUGGUUUAGCGGGCCAGUCGUGGACACUGAACAAACCUUCAGAGGCGAAAAUCCGCGGCCAAAAACAGCUGACGGUUCCUCUGCAUAUGCCACCCGCCAAGCCGCUCAGAGUGUGCAAAAUGCCGCGGAUCGACCUGUUUCGACGCGGGCUGCGCACAUGACCAACGGCGUCGAAGGCUCACGCUUGGCUACGGGAAGCAUGCGAGCGAAACCGAGUGGAGCAGCGGUAGCGCCGCGUGUUGUUGAUCCCAAGUCGCCCUUUGCCGUGUACGACCCGUCGAGCAGGAAAUUCAUCCAUAAGCAGGAUGCUAUGAACCUACACCGGGCAAUGAGCGAUGCGGCAGAUCCAGCGCCGCCAUAUGAACCCCAGCAUGCGCCACAGCAGAUCCACCACGAGCCGCCGCAGUACAGCCAGCCGACCAAGCAAGCUCCACAGAUCAGGAACAUUGUUCAGCGGUCUCCAAGCGCAUCCCCGGUACGCGAUCCGGUUCGAGAUGCUCCACGGCCGGCAAAAUAUACAAGACAGGAGCCUGUUGCAGAGCCAGCUCCUAUGCCGAGUGCCUCACCCCAUGUGGCCGCAUCGUCUCAAUACGGGCCUGUUGCGUUCAUCACCAAAGACUUCACUGAGGCAGGAGACCCACUCCCCGCGGAUGCUAACACCAGCCGAAAACUGGAGUCGCCUGCUCCUGCGUCGAUCGAGGAGCCAGAAGAGACGGUCUCUCCCAAGUUGCCUUCGAACCAGGACAGUCCUUAUCCGCGCCUCGCACCACCGGGUACCCGCACUCCAUCUGGGCCGCCCAGCAUCGAAGGAAGCGAACGGUCGGCGAGGACGCAUUCCAUGAGCCCUCCGCGCAAUGCGCACUUUGCAGCGGUGGCUGCAGACUUGUCGAAUGGAAUCAAGCACCAACCUCCAGGCCGCUCAGUGUCUCCGGCCAAGUCCGCUCUGAAAGCCUCGCCAUCAGUUUCUGGUCGAAGCCGCUCACCCCUCGUCAACAAUGGCCGUCUUCUGAACCACGGAGCACAAAGCGAGGCAUCCGAUGCCCUAUCUGACGAUGGUGGAAAGAAGAAAAAGAAGGUCCGCAUCAGCUUCGAGGAGGAACCCAUAGUAGUUGGCACAUCGGCAUAUAGCGAUUCGCAGCCGCUGAUGGCGGAUGAUGACUCAGAGGAGGACCUAGACGACGUUUUGAAGCCUACUCCGGUUCUGCCAUCAUUUGGCAGUAUCCGGGACACGAAUCGCCGGUCGAGAGAUGAUCCUGAAAAGGUCACGGAGACUGUAUCUUCGUCCUUGUCCAAUUCGGCUACCCUCAUGGGAGACUCGACAGAGCUAUCGCGUGACCACAAGAUCGGUGCUGUACUUGCUCAAGACUUUGCUGCGAAAUCAGCGGAGCGGUCAUCGGGGAACGACCCUCUUCCGCCCGAGGUUACAUCUGUGGAGGGAAGCGGCUACUAUUCGGAAUCGAGCGAGAGCGAGGCUGACGUGCCUGUCGUUGACUAUCAGGAGACACACAAGGCAGAGUCGACACCGGCACCAGAGCCAAAGACCUUGACUAAUCCUUUAGAUACACGCUCAACACCCCUUGAAGUACCCAUUAUCGCGGUGCAACCUGCAAGCCCGCCUCUUCCUAGGGACCCUGAGACUGAACCGACAUUUGCACCCCAGCCUGUGCCCUUCCAGGAUGUUACCAAAGUACCGCGACCGUUCGUGCCUGGUGGAUGGGAUGACGACGAUAAUUCGGAGCCUGAACCCGAGGCCAAGGGGCCUGAGCCAACCGUCUCGGCACCCAGCCAACCCUCUAUUACGAUUCAGAUACCUCAGCGUCCUGUAGAUGAUGACUCUUCAGACGACAACAGCAGCGUGUAUAGUGACGCUUACGAAGACCUGGAUGAGGGCGAAGGCUUUGGCUCGAUCGAUGCUAUAAUGGAGAGCCCGGUGGUGGCUCCAACCUCCCGCUUCGCGUCGACGAAUUCGUCACCUACCGCGCGUAAGACGGGACUAGAAAGCUCAAAGUGGGCUCCUACCAAUUCUGAAGACAUACAGGAGGGCGUCAUUGAAGAACAGCGGAGGGCACAAGACGCUGACUGGGAGAAAUCUCAGCAGCAUUGGAGUGAUCUGCACAACUCGCGGAAGCAGCAGCCAAAAUCCGGACUGCUCAUUGACAACCUUGGCACCAAAGAAGAGUCCAGGGGCGUCACCCAAGCUGCAGUACCCAUCAAACAGAAAUCGGUCGAGCCGAAGCGCAGCGAUCAGCAGGCCGCUGAGCCAAUUCCCGCGAAACCAAAGGAGCGCAGAGUCAAGGUGCAGCCAGCCGUUGUUCCUGUUCAAGCAGCACCCACACAACCUGCGAAGGCGCCAGCACAACCUCGCAAGUCUGCUUUGAAGAAGUCAACACCUACCUCCCCGCCAGCUGAGAUUCCUCUUAAGAAGACGAUGCGUGGUACUGCACCUUCAUCCAAUGGCGCUGAGCCGCACAUGCGAACGACUAUGCGUGGCACUGGCGGUGGAUUUGCUGGCAGAGGUUCAUCGGUACCAGCUCCUCAACGACAGAGCAUGCCACCAAUGGACACUAGACCACCCCGAGGUGCACUGCAGAAGAAACAUCUCCCGACGGCAGCAGCCGGUGCAGCUGCCCGGCCUCGUCCACAGAGCGCCUCAGGACUCCCUACUAAACCCAAAUAUGUCGCUCCUCCGGCCCCAACGUAUGAUAGCGACUCGGAUGCCUCGGUCAGCAGCUUCCAGCGUGAGCGACAACGGAAUCGGGCAUCACGGAACAACAACAACAACAGUGGUCAAUACACUAUGCGCGCAUCCAUGCGCUCGGGUCCGACACCAACAAUGCGAGCUGCGCCGCCCGUACGAUCGAUUUCACCACCUCGCACUGCCGCAUCGCCUCCAUCGUCAACACUUAGGAAAUCUAUGCGACCAUCUUCUCCGACACCUGACUCGCCAAGUCCCGUAAAGUCCUCUCGUUUUAGCAUCAGGUCCCUGUCUCCCGCGGGUCGUUUCAGGCGUAGCAGUACCUACGAAGCCGCACCGCCUAUGCCACCUGCACCUGUACAACCUCCUCCAACGAAGGCAAAAAAGCCGAUGUUUGGCAAACCCGCUCCGUCGAAAGCCCCAGCGAAGAAGGCAGCAAAGCCGUUCAAAAGUCGCAUCAACGAUUCCAGUGACGAGGAGGAAGACUUGCCACGCCGUUUCCAGAGCAGAUUCGCAGAUUCAUCUGAAGAUGAGGACUUUGAACUGCCACCAGUCCGAGGCAUUCCAAAGCGCGCCGGCAAAGAUGACGGCGAUUCUACCGAUUUGGAGGAGGAGCUGAGCGACAAUGAGCCUUCGCCAGCGCCAGUAACGAAUGGCAACAGCAAGAUCGACAGCGUGGCCAGUAAUGGAUCGACCAAUACACAGGGUGCGACUCUUGCCGCUGGAUCUCUACGAAAGCCCGGCGCGCUCCCCUCAAUUGAUGCUGGACAGAAGAAGGCAAAGCGAGGCUUCUUCGGAUUCGGCAAGAAGAAGAACUCUCACAGCGCCGAAGCCGAUAUGCACGCCCAGAACGCCGCAGACCUGGACAUCCCCAUGCCUCCCACCCAGCAGAACCGCGACCGCAACCGCCCGCUCACUCCCAUCGGCGAGGACCGCGACACCGAUGCCGGCAACGCGACGACGCUACCUCCCAAGGCGGGCCGCCGCACACCACUCGAGCGCUCGACAUCCGACUCGUGGCCACUGCCGUCAUCCAUCCCCGCAUUCGCGGAGGAUCAGCGGCCCCAGAGCGCUGAUGGACCCCUGACGCGGCGCUUGUCGUCUGUCAGGCCGAUGCUGGUGAAGAGGAAUCCGUCCCAAAUGAGCCAGAUAAGUCAGGCGCGGACGGAGAUUGAUCCGAAGACGGGCAAGGAUGUGAGCUUUGGAAGGACGGGGAAGAAGAAGAAGUUCCAGGGGCUGAGGCGGGUGUUGGGGCUCAAUGAUUGAGUUGUGGGGAGUGGUGCUGACGCUUGAGUAGAAGCUUAGAAGCAAGGCCAGGAAGAGAGCGAGAAAGACAACGUGGACGUAGACGCAGACGCAGCGCGAGUUCGACGUCGGCGGUGGAGUCUGCCGACUCGUUUGUGCGCGCGAGCGUCAUCCUGCUGGGGUGCUACCGACCUAGUUCGCGGCAGGAAGAUGAGUGAUGUAGACGAGGACUUACAUACAGACAUACUGUCUACCAUUUCCUUGGCACUGUUUCGUCUUUUGUUUGGAUACCGAGGGCACAAAAAAGAUACCAAUUUGGCUGUUCGCGGACGCGUUUUCUCUUGUAUAUGCUAGAUGUUUGAUGUAUGUAUGAUUGGUUUGGAUAUGGGGAAGGAAGGGUGCAGGGGGGAUAGAUAAUUUCUAAUAUGUAUGAACCUUGC